GAAGCAGAGGCAGCCGAAGCUCUAGUCCGUCCCGCACACCCCCACCGAGAGCGAGAUGGCCGCGGCGAGAACCAUUGCCGCCGUGGCGACGGCUCUGGCGGUGGUGGUGGCGGCGCUCGCGCCGGCCGCGCGCGGGGUGGACCGGAGCGAGUUCCCACCGGGGUUCCUCUUCGGCGCCGCGACGUCGGCGUACCAGAUCGAGGGCGCGUACCUGGAGGACGGCAAGGGCCUCAACAACUGGGACGUCUUCACCCACACGCACUCUGGAGGGAUCAAGGACGGACGGAACGGGGACGUGGCUGACGACCACUACCAUCGCUACAUGGGAGACGUGGAGAUCCUGCAGUCGCUGGGCGUCAACGCGUACAGGUUCUCCAUCUCAUGGGCAAGGAUUCUACCAAGAGGCAGGCUUGGCGGCGUCAAUCCAGAUGGGAUAGCGUUCUACAACCGCCUCAUCGAUGCCCUCCUGCAGAAAGGGAUACAGCCGUUCGUGACGCUGCACCAUUUCGACAUGCCGCACGAGCUGGAGGUCCGAUACGUUGGCUGGCUGGGCGACGGGAUCCGGGAGGAGUUCGAGCACUUCGCGGACGUGUGCUUCGGGGCGUUCGGCGACCGGGUGAGGUUCUGGACGACGUUCAACGAGCCCAACCUGUACACCAAGUUCCAGUACAUGCUGGGCACGUACCCGCCCAACCACUGCUCCGCGCCGUUCGGCAGCUGCAACAGCGGCAACUCGCACCGGGAGCCCUACGCCGCGGCGCACAACAUCAUAAUGUCCCACGCCGCCGCCGUCCGCGCCUACAAGGAGAAAUACCAGGCAAAGCAAGGUGGCUCGAUCGGAAUUGUGAUUGCGAUGAAGUGGUAUGAGCCGCUGACGAACACCACGGAGGACAUUCUGGCGGCACGACGAGCAGAGUCUUUUGAGCUAGAGUGGUUCUUGGAUCCGAUAUUCUUUGGCGAUUAUCCUACGCAGAUGCGAGAGAUCCUAAAAUCGAACCUACCAACAUUCACCUCGGAAGAGAAGAAGUUACUCCAGUACAAGUCUGACUUCAUCGGGCUAAAUCAUUAUACAGCGAUUUACACCAAGGACUGCAUCCAUUCCCCGUGCGACCUUAGUACCUAUGAAGGGAAUGCGCUUGUCUUCGCCACCGGCGAAAGGGAUGGAGUGAAGAUAGGGGGAGAUACUGCGCUCGUCGGUUUCUAUGUCGUCCCGGAAGCCGUGGAGCCAGCUAUCAUGUAUGUCAACCAGAGAUACAAGGACACCCCUGUUUACAUCACUGAGAACGGUUACUCGCAGUGGAGUGACGUCAGCAGGGAGGAGCUGAUCAACGACGUCGAGAGGUUGAACUACCUGCGGGGCUACGUCACGUACCUAUCCAAAGCAAUCAGGAACGGGGCGAACGUGGGGGGCUACUUCGUGUGGACGCUCCUGGACAACUUCGAGUGGACGUUCGGGUACAGCGUCAGGUUCGGGCUGUACCAUGUGGAUUUCGACACGCAGGAGAGGACCCCUCGGAUGUCCGCGAGGUGGUACAGGAGCUUCCUCACGGGAUCCGCCGCCCCGACGACGGACGGAGCGCAGGAACGGAGAGCGGAGUCAUGACGCUUCUUCCAGCGAUCGGACGCAGAUUGCAGUACAGACAGACGCACGCAGGUCUCUGAAGUCUGAACUCGUGUGCUCCUCGUCAGAAUGUCUGUGGCGGUGGAGUACUGGUGUAUAGGUGGAAAUACUACUGGUAUUAGUAGGAAUUGUAUGUACGGGCCUGCUGGAUGGAGUGGUGUUCCAGGCUUCCGGAAGGCCUGGAGCUCACUGACGCGAUGUACAUGUAUGUAUAUGCGAAACCGGGAACACGAUGUGCCGCGCCUGAUGAAACAAAGGCUUUCGAA